UUCCCCUCUCCUCCGCUAACCUCUGCCCUCAGCCCAGCAGCACCAAGACUCUAAUCAGCUCUAGAAUUCUACAAGCUACCACCUUCAGGCUUGUAACUACGCGCUUCGGCCGUGUUUGCUCAGUUCACGGCCAUCUGAGCCGGGGUGCGCACGCCUGUCAGCAUGUGCAGAGGCCCAACUGCACCAGCGGAAUUGGAGGAGGCACGGUUCAGACAGCUAUGGUUCAAGCGCGCUUUCUUCCCUGAUCAGCUUUUUCCUGCUGACGUGUCGUGGCGAUUUCCAGAGAAUGCCGUCACCGAACUUUUUCCGGAAAUGUCGUCCAAAUUGAGCUGCCGUCAAGAAGAAGAUGGGGACAAGCUUUCGGAGCGCGACCUCCUCGGUCUCGACGUCAUGCCUCCGCGCAUUCCCACUGCAGCCAAGGACAAGGCCUCCGACGCGCGUUGCCCUCGCGCUGCCGACGAGGACGAGGAAGGCGACGACGACGACGACGACGACGACGAUGACGACGACGACGACGACGACGGCGAUGAUGACGAUGGCGACGAUGGCGACGAUGGUGGCGAUGGCGACGAUGGCGGCGAUGGCGACGGUGACGAGGAGGGAGCAGGGGACGACAACGGCGAUGGCGACGAGGGGGAUGAUGGCGGAGAUGAGGAGGCGGGCGGGGAGGGGGAGGAAGAGGGCGGAGGGGAGGAGGAAGAGGGCGGGGGAGAGGAGGAAGAGGGCGGGGGAGAGGAGGAAGAGGCCGGGGGGGAGGAGGAAGAGGCCGGGGGGGAGGAAGGAGACGGGCAGGAAGGCGAGGGGGACGAGGAGGAUGGCGAUGGCGGGGAGGAGGAGGAAGGGGACGAGGGGUAUGGUGAUGGGGAGGGGGAGGGGGAAGAGGGCGAUGAGGAGGGAGAUGACGAGGGGGACGAGGGGGAAGGGGACGAUGACGCUGACGGGGGGGAUGACGACAAUGAUGAUGAUGAUGAUGAUGACGACGAUGACGACGAUGACGACAAUGACGACGAUGAUGACGAGGACGCCCCUGCGCCAAAGAAAGCCAGACAUUGACUCUGCCAUUCUGGCUGCCUUUGUUUCCCCCGUCUAUCGCACAUCCAUGGGCUUUACUCCCUCGCCUCUAUCUUCGUCUCUCCGUCAGCCUCUGUCCUUCCCAGGCACUUGAAGACGCAGGUGCGCACGCCACGUUGAGUCUAGUGCGUGAAUCGCUUCCCACAAUUAAUCGCGCUCAAGCGCACCUGCUGCUGGCCGGCUCCUCUGCAAGAUGCCCACCUGACCUGAUGCACCCAGUCCAUGGGCACGCCUGUCCACCUCUCAUCUCGUGAUCUCCUUGCAUGACUACCGUAGACCCUAAUUCCGUCAGUGUUAUCAUUUGUACCCCGACCUGUGCUGGCCGUGUGUCUAUAGCAGCCAGCUUUGGUGUAGUCUGUGUUUGCUUGACAUGAGUUGACCAUGGUUUGUACGGUAGGAUAGAUGUGUAGUGCAUGAUGACAUCUGACUAGC